AUGGCUGGAAAAUCUGCUGGUCGUUUUGAAUGUGUGGCGGAAACGAUUCCAGCUAGUUUCACCUCGCCAUCAUCCGAUUUGCAUACAAGUGGACCACCGCUGUCGCCCUAUGCCGAGAAGAAAAACGAACAAAUGGUUAUAAACAUACUUCAAGCUGUUUACAAACUGGCUACUUACUAUUUUGAGAGUAGUUACAACGAAGAAUGA